AUUCAUUAAAAAAAAGAUGAACUCGUUGCACCAUCUAUCGUAAAUGUUUAACAAUUAAUUAUCGUCACAUGUGAUUCUUCUAAGAAUUUUUUGGUUCUGCGGUGGUUUUUUGGUUUUUUCUGAAAAAAAAUUUCCAAUUUUUCAACAACAAAAAAAUGUAUCGAAUACGAAAUUUAUCGAAAUCAUUUUCUCUUUCACGAUUCAAUAAUAAUCAAAAAUAUCAAUUUCAUUAUAAAAAACUUUCAGCUUUACAAUCAACAAACAGACAAACAAUCUUUUCAUUUUUGCCAAUAAGAAAUAUUCAAUCAUCAUCGAUUCCGGCAAAUUUAUUGAUUCAAAAUGUAUCAUCAUCAUGUUCGGCUGGUAAUAUCACAGAUCAACAACAACAACAAAAAUUUCAAAUUGGUCAACGUUUACAUGGAUAUCGAGUAGAAUCAAUACGAUCAGUACCCGAAUUAUGUUUAACAGCAUAUCGAUUGAUUUAUGAAAAAAAUGGUGCCGAACAUUUACAUAUUGAACGUGAUGAUUCAAAUAAUGUUUUUGGUGUUACAUUUCGUACAACACCCGAUGAUUCAACAGGUGUUGCACAUAUUUUAGAACAUUUAGCCCUUUGUGGUUCAAAACGUUAUCCAGUACGUGAUCCAUUUAUGAAAAUGUUACAACGUUCAUUAUCAACAUUUAUGAAUGCAUUUACCGGUUGUGAUUAUACAAUGUAUCCAUUUUCAACACAAAAUCAAAAAGAUUUUUAUAAUCUAAUGUCAAUCUAUUUGGAUGCUGUAUUUUAUCCACGUUUAAGAUAUUUAGAUUUUCUACAAGAAGGUUGGCGUUUAGAAUAUUCAAAUGUUAAUGAUGAUAAAUCAUCAUUAAUAUUUAAAGGUGUUGUUUUCAAUGAAAUGAAAGGUGUUUUUUCAAGUCCAUCAUCGAUUUAUACACGUCAAAUGAUAAAUAAAUUAUUUCCUGAUAAUACUUAUCGUAAUGAAUCUGGUGGUGAUCCAUUAUCAAUACCGGAUUUAACCUAUGAACAGCUUAAACAAUUUCAUAGUCGUCAUUAUCAUCCUUCGAAUGCAAGAUUUUUUACAUAUGGAAAUUUUCCAUUAGAAAAACAUUUACAAGCAAUUGGUAAAGUAAUUGAACAAUUUGAUUCAAAUGAAUCAUUAAAAGAACAAUCUCGUAUACCGGAACAAAAUUCAUGGCUGCAAUAUCAACGUGUUAAACUACGUUGUCAAAAUGACCCUUUAGCACCGUUUCCAGAUCGUCAAACAACAGCAAGUGUUGCUUGGAUGUUAAAAUCAUUACAAGAUAUACAGGAAAAUUUUACAUUAUCAAUAUUGUGUACACUGUUAAUGGAUGGACCAAAUUCACCAUUUUAUCAAGCAUUAAUCGAUUCAGGUCUUGGUUCAGAUUAUUCACCAUUUUCUGGUUAUCAUAAUUUUACUAAACAAUCAUUAUUUUCUAUUGGUUUACAAGGUAUAUCUGAAGAUCAAUGUAAUACAGUUAUGAAAGCUAUUGAUAUGGCAUUAAUGGAUGCUUAUACGGAUGGUUUUCCACAGGAACGUAUCGAUGCAAUAUUACAUCGUAUUGAAUUGAGUACUAAACAUCAAGGAUCAAAUUUUGGUUUAGGUCUGUUAAUGUAUAUUAAUAGUUCAUGGAUACAUGAUGUUGAUCCAAUUGAAUGUCUUAAUAUUAACAAACAAGUUGAACAGUUUAAAGAAAAUCUUCAAUCAGAUUCAAAAUAUUUACAGAAAAAAAUUAAACAAUAUUUUUUAGAUAAUAAACAUCGAUUAUUGAUUGAAAUGAGUCCUGAUCCGGAUUAUGAAAAUCAACUACAAAAUCAUGAACAAUCAAUAUUGAAUAUGAAAAUUUCACAAUUAUCAAACAAAGAUCAUGAAGAAAUAUUAAAAAAUAGUCAAGAAUUAUUAAAAUUACAAAAUCAACAAGAAGAUGUUAGCAUAUUACCAACAUUAACUAUACAGGAUAUUAAUCGUACAAUUUUGAAAACAAAUUUAGAAAACAUACGAAUAGGAAUGAUUCCUAUUCAAUAUAGUACACAACCAACAAAUGGUAUUGUUUAUUUUAAUACGGUUAUACAAUUGAAACCGGAAAUUUUCCCGAAAAAAUUGGUACCAUAUUUACCAUUGUUUGCACAGGUAUUAUGUAAACUUGGUGCAGGUAGAUUGGAUCGAAAACAAUUAGAUCAAAAGAUACAGAUGCAUACAGGUGGAUUAACAUCAUUGGUACAUAUUGCCGAUAAUCCAAAAACAUUUGAUCAAUUUGAAACUGGUAUUUAUCUUGGUUCUUAUUGUUUGGAACGUAAUCUUGAACAAAUGUUUGAAUUAUGGACCGAAAUAUUUAAUGGUAUACGAUUUAAUGAUGAUCCAGAUCAUUUGAUGCAAUUAAUACGAAUAUGUUCAGCUGAAUUGGCACAAGGUGUACCACAUCAAGGACAUCAAUAUGCAAUGCGUCGUGCAUCAUCAUUUUUUGGUGGUGCAUAUAAAUUUCGUGAAUUAACCAAUGGUAUAUCAUCAUUAGCUUAUUUUCGUUUAAUGGCUGCAAGUCAAGAUAAAGUUCGUGAAAUUAUUAAACAUUUAGAACAAAUUGCCGGGAUUUGUUUUCAAUCUGAUUCGAUAAGAUGUGCAAUAAAUGCUGAAGCAGUAACAAUGCGAACAUCAUUACAAAUAUUGGAAAAAUUUAUUAAUUCAUUUGAACAUUCAUCGACAGCAAACAAAUCAUCAUCAACAACAACAAUGAACAAUGAUGAACCAACAGCAAUUGAUUUUGUUAUGCCAACAAUACAAUCCAAUUCAAUGAAUGAACAUUUUAUAUUUCCAUUUUCAACAAAUUAUUUAGGUCGUUCAUUAUAUUGUAUACCAUAUACACAUAAUGAUCAUGCAAAAUUACGUAUUGCAUCAAGUUUAGUAUCAAUGAAAUUUUUACAUAAAGAAAUACGUGAAAAAGGUGGUGCAUAUGGUGGUGGUUCUCGGUUAGAUAAUGGUGGUAUGUUUCAAUUUUAUUCAUAUCGUGAUCCACAUAUCAAUGAAACAAUAAACGCAUUCGAACAAACGGGUGAAUGGUUAAUACGAUCAAAAAAUUUUGAUGAUAAUGAAAUUGAUGAAGCAAAAUUACAAAUAUUUCAAUCAAUUGAUCAACCAAUUCCACCUGGUGAACAAGGAAUUGAACAAUUUUUAACAGGUAUAACUGAUCAACUGCGACAAGAAUAUCGUUAUCGUUUAUUAGAUGUUACUAGGCAAGAUAUACAAGAAGUUGCUGAAAAAUAUCUGAUUGGAAAGAAUUUAUCCGAUAGUAAAGUUGUUGUAUUGGGUCCAAAAUCCAAUGAAACUAGUUCGAAUGAUAAACAAUGGAAAAUAAGAAUUGCAUCAGGUGAAUGAAUGAAAGUGAAUAAAAAAAGAAUCAUGAUUUGUAAAUAAUUUUAAUCGGAAUUUUC